UACAAGGCUUCUAACCACAUCGUUCCAUGUACUGAUGAUGUCACGUGUACCAAUGGCUGCUGCAGGAACAAUCCGUGUCUCAAUGGAGGAACCUGCACUGAGGUCUGUGAGCCCACAAGUGUUCGGUACAACUGUUCCUGUCCUUUACCGUUUGUUGGUAAACACUGCGAGAUUCAGCUGAGAAGAAGCUGUCAGGAUUAUAAAGCAGCCAGGUUCACCGCCUCUGGAUUGUACACCGUCACUGAUGACAGAAACCAAACUUUCCAAGUAUUCUGCGAUUUUGAUUCAGAGCCUGGGUUCGCAUGGAACCUGAUCGAAUCGUUCUACCGGUCCAACAAACAUCUUUUUCAGGUAAUUUUCAUAAGAUUUUAAACCAUGAAGACCUAUAUCCUGUUCGUUCUCGUCUACAGAAACAACGAAGAUGUGAGAAUUAAGUACCCUCAAAAAGAAAUGCCUUCAUUUUGAAUUUUUUUCUUUGUAAGUUAAGUUCGUCUCUUUUCUUAGAAUCGUCACUAAUGAAUGCUUCGAAUAAUUCUGUCAACAAAAGAAGUCUUGUUUAUACUUAAUGACUAUCCAGACUCAAGCGUCAUCAGCAUUGAUGCUUCAUAUUGAUAAGAGUACUUAAUCAAAAGUUCAGCUUAACUGUCGAAAGUAGUAAUGAUCCUAAAUUCUCGGAUGUCAAAGUGAUCUUUAUCAACUGAAGUUGACAUUUUCUGUCUACAGAAGAAUAUCGUGUUUUACGAUGAUUACCAAGCCAUCAGUGGUGAUGCCCCAAAUUGGCAGGCGUACCUCGUGAAACGAUCCUACCUCCUUUGGCUCAGAGAUCACUCAACUCACUGGAGAGCUACUUGCCGAUACAACACAGAUGGUAUCGUAUAUACAGAUUACCUGAGAGCCUCGCUUAAAGAUUUUGAUAUCAUCAGAGACGUACCCACGGUGAAAGAUGUCUGUCGACCCUACGAAUAUGUGAACAUCAGAGGAAAUGAGUGUGUGAAUUGUACCGCACGGACAUGGUAUAAGAAAGGAGAUUAUCCUCUCCAUAUCGAUAGUUAUUACCAGGAUGAAUGUGAUUUCGAUGGAAGCAAAAUAGAUGCAGCUUUAAAUUUUGAGGACAACUUUGGUUGGUACGAUGAAAUAAAUCCUAAAUUUCGUUGUACUUCAAGCGAGAAUGACACCACCCAGAUUUGGAUUGGAGGCAAGUAA